GCGGCAGCGAUGGCCGCCUUCAAGGCGGCCAUCAGGCUGGAGGACCUCGGGAUCCCUCAUGUUCGAGUAAAGCGGGCCCUAACCGGGGCCCGCAUACUCGAGGUUCCCGGACCGGAUGCCCACGCCAAGGCCGACAAGCUGGCGGAGGGCAUCCGGGGGGUCCUCACGGAUGGGCAGUGGUCGGUGGUCCGCCCCACCAAGAAGGCCGAGAUGAUGGUCCGGGGUCUGGAGGACUCCAUCUCGGCCAACGAAGUGGCGGCGGCCAUCGCCACUGCGGGGGGCUGCAGUCCCACUUCGGUGGAGACGGGCCCCAUCAAGGAGGCCCCGGAUGGCCUGGGCCGAAUCUGGGUCCGGUGCCCCGCCGUUGCGGCCCUUAAGGUCGCGAAGCAGGCCCGGAUCCAGAUUGGCUGGACGAGAGUGGGGGUGGUGCUGCUGGAGCCACGCCCCCUCCAGUGCUAUAAAUGCCUGGAGGUGGGGCACGUACAGCAGCGCUGCCCCAACCAGGAGAAUCGCGGUGAUCGGUGCUACCGUUGCGGCGGCACUGGUCACCGCGCCAGGGACUGCCCCGCCGAGGCCCCACACUGCCCGCUCUGUGCGGACCUGGGCAAGCCUGCGGGGCAUCGCCUGGGGGGUCCGGUUUGCGCCCGCAAUAACAGCGGGCGCAAAAAGAAGGGAAGAAGGGCAGCGGCGGAGGGGUCGGGGACAUCUAAUGCCCCCGUUACGCCCGCCCCGCGGCCCGGACCCCCCUCGAGACAGGUGGAGGAGCGGGGCGUUGCGACGGAGGAAACUCCAAUGGAGCAGCGCCCCCCCAAACGACCCCGAGCAGACCCCGGGGCGGGAGGAGGAGCGAAGGGGACUGCCGGGGGUUUGGCCCUCCCGGCAGCAACGCCCACGACCGGCGAAACGGGGGAGGAGGGUUCGCCCCCUCCCCCCACCGAGGGAGUUGAAACCGGGGCGGACAACGCCGCCCCCCCUACCGAGAAGGCUGACCUGGAGGAGGUUGUAAUGGCCGAUCAGUAAUGGCCCUACACCUCCUCCAGA